AAUGAGCACUUAAACCGCCCUCCUCGAACGCUGAGACUGAAUCAGCAGGACUUCUACCCAGGGGGGUGGACCUCGACAAACAUAACAGAGCUCCGACCUGCGAUAGACCAAUCGAACCAUGUCACCGCAAUUGUCAUGCCUGGGAAGAGAUCAGGUCCCAAUUCAACGCCUCGGAGGAUUCAACGUGGACCGUUGCUAUGCUUGCGACGGAGGAUGACUGUCUUGGGAUCGAUUUCAAUCCCCUCACCCCAGCAGUUUCCCAGGUUAUGCGCUCAUCCACGGAGGCCAUAGCGGCAGCCAUCGAGUCCACUGUCCGCGCUCUCAUUGAGGAGCAUCGCCAGGACAUCUUUGCUAACCCUGAGCUUUUGGUGUGGCUGUACGUGGGACCGUUUCUUGGAGCCGCUGCAUGCCACAUCGAACUACUGUACUUCGCCGCGAAUGGAGCGUCUUCUACGAGCCGCAUGCCAACACGUCUGCGGCAUACGGCGGUGCCGCACAUCGCGACAUGGUCAGGAGACGCGCCAGAGAAUACGUCAAACCAUAUGCGCUAUAUCAACACGUCGCUGGAGAAUGUGAGACGUCUCAACCAAACCAACCCCUGGCGGCGUGCAAACAACGCAUCCACUUCGGAGCAUCUCAUCGCCGAUCUGGAGCACUUCGCCGGCGAUCUGGGAAAGUUGAAGAGCGCCAGUGGUCAGUGCUUCAGGCCGCAAGUGAGCAAGAAGUCGCUUCAAGAAGCGCGCGUGUCAAUGCGAGAGGCCAGGGACUUGAAGUGGCUGUCCUAUUCCUAUUUGGGCUUCAUUUUCGUGCCGCUCAGUCUCCCGAGCUCCUACUUCAGCAUGCAAAUCGAGCCUCUUGGCAACACAGCACCAUUGUGGGUAUUCAUCGUCACGGCUCUGGCAAUUCUGGCCUUCUCAAUCAGCAUUAUGUUCCUGACGAGUUCAGCGAGGUUGAGAAGAUGGUGGGAAGGUCUGAAAGACGAUGUGUGGAAUCUGGCACAUGGCGGUGUUGGGAACAGCGUCCUGAGUAUCCACCCGAGAGAAUCUUGGGAGCUGGAUGGGAUAACGAAAGUCGCGAGACUGAGAAACCGCUCGUACCUCAUGUCCUUGAGCAGACGCUCCUCCAUAACAAAACUUAGUUGCCAGCAGCCACUAUCGCGGAAGUCUCGCGGACCGGCUGCGCUCAAGCAGGCGGCGUACAACAGGAUUCGGUGGAGUCACGACUGCAGCGCUUGA